CCCGCAGCGCAGUUCCCUCUAAGAUGCCUGCUCUCUGUGAGUGCUGAGUCGCUGAGCAGCUCGCUCUCCAUGUGACUUCAGUUUCCGUCCGUUCCUUCCGCAAGUGCUAAAAUAAUCUGAUGCUCCAGAGAGAGGAGGCAGCCCAGGCCCGCGUUCGCCUGCUCUCGAGGAGGCCGGAGCCCCGGGAGAGGAUGCGCCCCGCGGAGCCGCCUGGGCCUGCGGGAGCCUGCUGCACUUGAGAUGGAGUUACUGCCCCUCUGGCUCUGCCUGGGUUUUCACUUCUUGAUAGUGGAAUGGAGGAACCGAAGUGGAAUGGCCACAGCAGCUUCCCAGGGGGGCUGUGAGUUGGUGGAUGGACUUGCUGACUGUCGCGGGCAGAACCUUGCUUCAGUACCCAGCAACCUGCCGCCCUACUCCCAGACACUAAUCCUGGAUACCAACCCUCUCAAGACCCUGUGGAAUCAUUCCCUUCAGCAUUACCCUCUCCUGGAGAGCCUCAGUCUGCACAGCUGCCACCUGGAGCGCAUCGGCCGCAGCGCCUUCCAGGAGCAGGCCCUCCUGCGCAGCCUGGAGCUGCCUGACAACUCCCUCUCGGAGAGCUACAAGGAGACGGCAGCCGCCCUCCACAGCCUGCGGGGUCUGCGGAGGCUGGACUUGUCAGGGAAUGCGCUGACGGAAGACAUGGCAGCCCUCAUGCUCCAGAACCUCUCUUCCCUGGAGUCUGUGUUCCUGGCGAGGAACACGAUCAUGAGGCUGGAUGACUCAGUCUUUGAGGGCCUGGGGCACCUCAAGGAGCUGGAUUUGCAGAGGAACUACAUCUUUGAGAUUGAAGGGGGUGCUUUUGAUGGCUUAACUGAGCUGAGGCACCUCAACCUGGCCUAUAACAACCUCCCUUGCAUUGUGGACUUCAGCCUCACACAGCUGCGGUCCCUCAACGUCAGCUAUAAUGCCCUGGAAUGGUUCCUGGCGUCAGGGGGAGAGGCUGCCUUUGAGCUGGAGACACUGGACCUCUCUCACAACCAGCUGCUGUUUUUCCCGCUCCUGCCCCAGUGCAGCAAGUUACACACCCUCCUGCUGCGGGACAACAACAUGGGCUUCUUCAGGGACCUGUACAACACCUCGUCACCACAGGAGAUGGUGGCCCAGUUCCUCCUUGUGGAUGGCAACGUGACCAACAUCACCACUGUCAACCUCUGGGAAGAGUUUGCUUCCAGCGACCUCUCAGAGCUUCGCUUCCUGGAUAUGAGCCAGAACCAGUUCCAGUACCUGCCAGUCGGCUUCCUAAAGAAAAUGCCUUCCCUCUCCCGCCUGAACCUCAACCAGAAUUGCCUGAUGACGCUCCACAUCCGGGAGCAUGAGCCCCCAGGAGCGCUCACGGAGCUGGAUCUGAGCCAGAACCAGCUGUCGGAGCUGCAUUUGGCUCCGGGGCUCCCUGGCUGCCUGAGGAGCCUGCGGUGGUUCAACCUGAGCUUCAACCAGCUCCUGGGUGUCCCCACUGGCCUUUUCGCUGAUGCCAGUAACAUCACUACAAUUGACAUGAGCCACAAUCAGAUCUCACUUUGUCCCCGGCCAGCUGGCGUAGACCGUGUGGGCACCCCCAGCUGUGUGGAUUUCAGGAAUGUGGCAUCUUUGAAGAGCCUCUCUCUGGAGGGCUGUGGGCUGGAGCCAUUACAAGACUGCUCAUUCCAGGGGACCGCCCUCACCCACUUAGACCUGUCCGGCAAUCGGGGGGUCCUGAAUGGGAGCAUCGCCCCUCUCAGAGAUAUUGCCCCCACGUUACAGGUCCUAUCUCUCAGGAACGUGGGCCUCAGUUCCAGCUUCACAGAGUUGGACUUCUCUGGAUUUGGGAAUCUGAGGGACUUGGAUCUGUCGGGAAAUUUCUUGACCAGUUUCCCAAGGUUCAAGGGCAGCCUGGCCCUGCAGACCCUGGAUCUCCGCAGAAACUUGCUCACAGCUCUUCCCCAGAGGGCUGUGUCUGAGCAGCUCAUGGGAAGUCUGCGGACCGUCUACCUCAGUCAGAAUCCGUAUGACUGCUGUAGGGUGGAGAGCUGGGGGACCCUGCAGAGCCUGCACACCAUCGUUGACUUGGCCAUGGUCACUUGCAACCUCUCCUCCAAGGUCAUUCGCCUGAUGGACCUGCCCGAAGGUGUGCCUCAGGACUGUAAGUGGGAGCAGGUAGACAUGGGCCUGCUGUACCUCGUGCUCAUUCUUCCCAGCUGCCUCACCCUGCUGGUGGCCUGCACCAUCAUCUUCCUCACUUUUAGGAAGCCUCUGCUUCAGGUCAUCAAGAGCCGCUGCCACUGGUCCUCCAUAUACUGACCUGGCUACAUGCCAUGGUUAGAAAUUUGGUCUGUGAGUGUAAGGACACUUUCUCUGCCAGAUCUCAAGAUGUGAUGCAGAGGACAAAUCUGAUGAAUUGAGUUAAACCUUAAAAUGUUAAAAUGUUUAAAAUGUUUCUAUCCCUUAGUCGCCCAAGUUCUUUCUCCAUCAUUAUGAUUCGUCCUCAUUAUUCUGGUAAAAUAUUUAUUAAGUGACAUUCUAUGAAAAUAAAAAACGUGUCUCAUAAAUAUUUUUUAAAUCAAA